UAGCCGCUCUACCAUAGUUAAUAAGUGUCAUUGAUUGGGACGUAGAGAAAAGACAAAGAAGACGCUGUUCGCAAUGGCCAAGUACCAGGAGGAAGACGACAGCCUGCGAAGGCUCGUGCUCGCCUUUGCCGUGACGGCGUGCCUGUUGUGCGUGGUCCUCGCUCUUUCUGUGUACCGCCGGAGGGAACCUCCAAAACAAGACGUCGACGACUCGGCCAGCGCCCCAUCACCCAGCGCCUCCCAGCCGACGGUGGCGACCGACCCCAAGGCGGCCGAGAUCGCGGCGCGUCGGAGGCGCAAGUUUGAAAUACUGAGACGUCGCGCGGCCAAGCAGGAACUCGCCAACCCAUCCCGCGACGAGUGGAUCUACGUGGACGCGCAGGGGCGACCGAUGGCGUACCUCACCUCCACGCAGACGGUCACGGUCACGUACAACGGCACCAGCAAGAUCACGGUGACAAACACCACCACGACGGUGACCACCAGCAACGACGCGUACGCGACCUCUGCGCGCCGUCGCAGUAGCCAGGCGGCAGCACCGCCUGAGCAGUCGCAGCAGCGCCACGCCGUGGCGCUCGGAAGCAGCGGUCGCGACGGGGUCCUCGUCCCCGACGACAGCGAGCCACAGAAGGAUCCCAAAACAAAGACCACUUCACGGCAUUGACGAACGCUCCGAGAACUAUACCUACAGCGGACGGUUGAGCACUAGCGGUGUGAACUAUUUGCUUUUUGUCCUUUUCUCUU